UUAGGGCACCCAUUGACCUAUUUAUAAGUUUUAUUUACUUGAAAAUUACAAUGAGCCUACUAGCGUUUCUCACCUCGAACUUCGGAGGCGGACAUAUGGGCCAGACCGGAUUUUGCAGCAUAGCCAUAAAGAUGUCUAUUAAUAAGAGAUUCCGAGCUGGGACAAGAUCAGACAGACCAGCUAAAGCCAGACUUUAAUGGCGAGUCAUUUGUUUCGUUGCACGUUUGGCUGCCCGCGGCACUGAUAAGAGCAGAGUGCUCUGUCUGUGGCUGAUAAGGCACCACCUCCGGCGGAACCCCAGGACAGAGUCGCCUGUUCAACUGCAGGCCAUCCACACCUGCUGCCUGCAAUCAAGGUCAGCGGUAUCCCGGUGGGGUCUGUCCGAAGGGAGGUGGCAGUACAGAAGUCCCUGCCCUCCCUGUAAACCCUGUACUCUCCCAGAGCAAUCUGCGUAAUGGACCAUUUCUAUGCUCGGGUCAGAGAUCCCUUGUUAUCACUGUUAUUUCCCAGAGUUGGCAUAAGCAAAAUCAGCUCCCUGACUUUGCUGAUAGCCUUUCUGCUAUUCGGUUUUAUAAACUUUGUUUUCAUUUCAUUUCGAAUCAAAUGAAACAAGAGGGAGGUGGCUGGAAGGCGGAGACUAGAGUGAUAAGUGAUUGCAAAGCAAUUGCCGAAAGCGUUUAGAAUUGAAUUCAAACGGAUCGCGUGUUUUCCCGGAAUCGGACGCGACUUACUCCGGUCUCUGCCUUCCAACUUAGCCCAAAAAUGAGGUUCGUUCAGUGGGUGAAAAUAGUGCUCUGCCUGGUUCUUGCGGCCGCGAAUAUCUACCUCUUUGUGGUGUCUCUUGGCGCGGACUAUCCCAUCCUGGUGGCCCAGCAGCAUGUACGCUUCCGCCAGGAGAUGCCCACCAUGGACAGUUGGAUAAACUCGCCGUUCGGCAAGCUGAAGAACUACGUCUUCAACGUGACCAACGCCGAGGAGUUCCGGAGCGGCCGCGACAGCAAGCUGAAGGUUCAGGAGAUCGGCCCCAUCGUAUACAGGAUCGUGGGCUUCAACGAUAUCUUGGAGCGGAACGCGACCAACGUCAAGUACCGCAAGCACCGGUACCGCGUAGUGGAGUUCCUGCCGGAGGAGAGCGUGGCUCCCGACGUCCUCAACUGGACGAUUACGUCCACCAACAACGUAAUACUGGGCACAGCGGCCAAGCUCAAGAAAACGUUGCCGAUUGCUGCCUUGGGCUUCGAUGCGGCCCUCAUGAUGGAGGAUAUCUUUGUCACCGAAAGCGUCUACUACUUCCUAUGGGAGUUCACCCGUCCGCUGCUGCAAUCAAUCUCCAGAGUCUCCAAUAUUAAGCCCAACGUCGCCGUGCUGUUCAACGCCCUUAAGGAGAAGGAGGAGGUCUAUACGGUGAAAAUAGGCCCAGAGCAGGGCAUUGAAAACUUCUUCCGGAUCGAGCGCCUCAAUGACGAGAUAAUCAUCCGGGAACAGCGUCCGCACAUGCGCCGUUAUGACUCCGACUCGUGCCCGUUCAAUGUGACCGGUGCGCUGGACAACUCCCUCUUCCCUCCCUUCGUCCAGCCGGACACUCCGCUGGACAUCGUGGCUAUCGAGUCCUGCCGGGUCCUGCCGCUCACCUAUCAGCGCAGGGAGCGCUACAGCGGCCUCGACACCUUCCGCUACACGCUGCUCCAGGCCAACCAGACGCCUCCGGGGUGCCUGGACACCAGCUACGGGGUCAAGCUGCACGACGGCAUGUUCGACGUCUCGCAGUGUGUGAUAAAUGACGCUCCCUCCGCCUUUUCGAUGCCACACUUCUACGGCAGCAGCUACAACUGGAGCGAGCACUACGAGGGAUACACGCCCAAUGCCGAAGACCACGAGCCCUACAUUCUGCUGGAGCCCGUCACCGGCAUUCCGGUAACGGAAAAGUAUCGCUUCCAGUCCAACAUUCCCAUUCCGGAUCUCAGAGGGUUCAGCAACCGGUUGAAGAGGUUCAGCAACAUGAUGAUUCCCAGCUUCUGGUACGAGUUUGAAAUGGGACAGCUGCCGGGCUUCGUGACCGCCCUGAUGUUUAUCAACGUGAACGUCGUGCCCCACAUGCAGCCGUACUGCAUGGCGCUCUUCCUGCUGGUGGCCCUGUGGAGCGUCCUGAAGGCGAUCCGAGUGGCCCUCGGCGAUCUCGGCUAUGUGGGUCUCUUCCGCAAGCUCUGCUGUGGCGGCGACAUGCGCCCGGCCACCGUGCUGGAGACCAAGUUCCAGGCAACCGCACCCUCCCUGCAUGUGACUGUCAAAUAGUCCGUCUACCGAUGUGAUUUACUUCCCAGACUGGACCCGUGUGUAUAUAUGUAUACAAGACUUAGUUUUAGGCUAGAGGUGUAGCGGCUAUCAGUAGUUGGCCGUUGCGUAAUAUACGAUUAAGAGGAAAAUUGAA